AACCAGUUCUAUAUUACUAUAUUACUAUUAUUAUUAAACUUGAGGUUGCAACUAAUUGAAUGCAGCUCUGCUAACAAAUAUCGAGGAAGUCGAAUUAGACAACCUCUAAUAUCGUUUUUGUUUUAUUACGCAACACUUGGCCUCUUCUAAGAAACUUUCGACCAACUUUCAGACUACUAAUUCUAUUUUACCUUAAGAGACGUUUCAUACAAUCUACGAACGAUAACUGGCCAACGAAAUCCAUAUCCCAGCCAAUUGUUUGAUGUGCUUCUGAUUUGAAUUACAGUGUCUUUGACUUCAUACGGUCUGAUUUUUACAGAGCAUUUCUAUCUCCAUUUUUAGAGAUAAUUAUUGGAGAAAAGUACAAAUUGCAAAAUGGUCUCCAAACACAUGAGCCAAAGAAUGCCAGCCCAAAACUACAGCUUCCCAGUGCCGGGACAACGAGACCAGAGGUUUAAAAACGUCACUUCUGGUAAUGCGGCCAAAUUUAUCCCAGAUCGAUCUCCAAAUAAUCAGAGUCAAAGCUCCACCUUACAAUUUAAAUUUGACGACACUUCAACUGGAAUUCGGUACUACACUCAAGAAGUGACUCCUUCGAAACAAAAUCAGCUUUGUAAACAACUCGACGAAAAAAGAAAACAACGUUUGCAAAAACGACUGACUCAGUUAUCUCAGAGUGAAACACAAUUUGGCAAAAAAGAAAAGAUUUCAUCUGGUAGAUACAGGGGAGGCGGUUCGAAUCCCGACAGGGACUGUGGGAGUGGGUUUUGCAGCAGUUCCAGUAGCAUUAGCAGAUUUUCAAGGAAAGGAGUUUUGCUCGAGGGAGUUGCUGACGACAGUUCUCAUUAUUCAGACGAUCAAAGCUCAUUCAUCACCACUUCGUCAGACAGAUACAGCAACCGAUUCAGAUCUCAAAAAACAUCACUGUCAACUAAAUACGACAAAUCAGAGAGAGAAUCCGAUUCUGAAGACUUCUUUGAAAAGGAUGCGGAUUACGAGACAAGAUUGAACAACACCCUCGAGGGAUUGAACCACAGAAAAAACUAUUCAAAGAAUUACAGAAGUUCCAAAAUGGCUGCACGAAAAAGAACGACAAACACUUCGCCGUGUACACAGAAUUCGGCUCCCUACAACCUCGACAGCAAAAACCGACACUCCUUGGGCGUCUUCGUAAACCUGGACCAACAAUUCUCCAAGUUUCCAUCUCUUAACUCUCAACUCAAGAACAGUCCAGAACAUUCUGGAAUGAAACAUAACCAAAGUGGCGCUUACAAUGGUGCAGUUGGCCGAAAGUCCGCCUAUCAGAGCUAUAAUCAAUAUUUUUCUGACAAUGGAGGUGAAGUUAGCCGAAACGAGAGACGACACUUCAAGCACAAAGGUUCGAAUUUCAGCGACCUUGAGCUAGAGUUUGAGGAUAUAGCUGAGUUUGACAGCAAUAACAACGGAAUUGGAAAUCAGAUUGUUGUCAGCUUUGAAGAACUGGCGCUAAAUGAGAGCACACUGUGCUUGAAAAGUUUGGGAAAAGGACAACAAAGAAGCCACCAAGCAGCACCUUCUAGAUUCUUUGCAGACACUAAUGGGAAACGCAAAUCGUUGCCUCCCGGAUUCUGUGAAUUGUCUUGGCGCCAUCGUAAAGAGAUCAAUUUAGACAACGGACGCUCGGAACAAUCGGAACAAUCGGAACAAUCGGAACAACGACUUUUCAGAACAAAUUACGACGUCAAGGGAACAGUUCGAGAUAUUUGGUCCAACAACAAACAAAAACUAGGCUUGUCGGCUUCUGUUUGCCACGAAGAGGACUUGGACACCAUCUUAGACGGUCUCGCAAACUGCGUUUUGUCAUCUAGCACCAGUGCUAUACGAUCGAAGACAUCAAUUAUGAAUUCAACAGAACAGCUUCAAAAGACUUUGAAAAGUGUCUCUGAGCUGUCUUUGAAGCCACGAAUCCGUUUCUACGCGGGCGGAAACGGCGCGAUAAGCCCUUCGGAUGGAAGCACGAGUAGUAAGAUAUACGUGAACAAAACUGUACCCUCGAAUGAACUUCGAAUUGAUGAUUCGAUAAUUGGAACUAAGAGAUCACGAAUUGUGAAAAAUCAGAAGGAGGAAAGCGGCGAGGGAGAGCAAGAAAAUAAAACAAACAGAGUUCGAUCGCCGAGACGAGAUUUCUUCAAACGCGAGUCGGCAAUUGACAUUUCGGAUUCCUUCGAGAAGUCGAGAUUUGACCCCGACGAGAGAUCCGCAUUUAAACACAAAGAAUUAGCAGAGAAAAGCUUGGCUGCGGCAAGAUGCUUGGAGCCUCUUUUGCAACGCGAAGAUAGCAACCAUAAUAGACAUGACAGCGUGAAAACUUCACUUUCACCUAACUUACCAAUCAGUGAAGGUAUUCAACGUGAUCAGUUUGAAAGCAACACAGCGGAAAAAUGUGAACAAAAUUGCGACCUGGAGGUGAAAAAUACCGAAAACACGCGUGAACAAAUUCAUGGCUGCGGUGAAAAACGUUGCAGUGAAUUGGAAAAAUCAGCUGCAUUCUUGAAGGAAAAGUCAGAAUUGGGACCAGAUUUGAAUAGCAUAGAAUUUGACCGGGGCUCCUUUCAAAAGAAGGAGGGGGAUUUAAAUCAAAGCCCACAGGAGCAUAUUAAGUCUGAGAGCCUGCGCAAAGAUUUAUCAGAAAUUGGUAAAUCAAUAGUUUCCUCGGAUUUCAAGGACUUUUCUGCCCACUGCAAACUACUUGAUGAAGUAAGCCCUUCCUUGAGAUCCCCGCUGCUGCAAAUUAGCCCAGACGUCGCUUUUGAUGAAAAGAAAAUUUACCGGGGCGCAAAUUCAAUUACAUCUCACAGCUAUAAACCAGCAGAGGCCGGAGAAAAUAGCCCCAUUACAGUUUUAAGCUCCAGCGAGAGCUGUAGAAUUGUACCACACGCGUCGCUUGAAAAGGAAAAGAAUUCAAUCCCUUUGGAUGUGGAAUUAACCACUAUCAAAAAAGAGGAAAGUUCCUUCAACCCAGCUUUAAGACACCUUCAGAGUGAAAGUGAUGACUUGUUUGAUCAGAAUCCACCAAUUUUAGCAAUCAAAACACAUCAAUCAAAGCAUCACCUUCCGGACCAUACUCACGUCAAACUCAAUAUUCCAAAAUUGCGAAAAGUAAACGUGGAAAAAAGAUUGAUUGGUGUUUAUGAAGACAAAUUAAGUCAUCAGACAACAGAUAACGGAAACAAAUCGUCACACUUAUCACAAACAAAAGGCGUGAAUAACAAAAAUGGGAACUUGAGCAAUAACUUCAAAAACUUCUGCUCCGACCUUUAUUUUACUGGUAUCUACAACGAACCAACAAUUUCUAAGACCAGCCAAACUGAAAACAAUCGCCAAGCUUCAGAAGCUGCUUGUUCAAUCUCCAACAAUUCAUAUACUUCAAAAAUGCAAAUGGAUCCUGAAUCCAUUUCAAAUAAUUGUAAUUCGAAAUACAAAUCUGAGAACAAAGAAGAACAAAACGGGACUGCUAUUCCCUCAUCACUCGUAAACCGAGAUUCGUCAACUUCGGCUUUUACGAGUGCAGUCGGGAAAAAACGAGGGGCUGGGAUUAAACCGCAGCCUCCUGACAGUCUGAUCAAACCUCUUAACUUAUGGGGCAUUUCUAAAAAUCAGAGCACUUUGGACUAUCUGAAUGCGUCACUUGAUAUGUCAGCUUCAAUUUCGUUGCCGCAGUUGGCAGAGAACGAAAAGUUUCAAAGUUUUAUCGGGUCGAACAGUAGUCAAAAUUCUAGCGAAUCAUCUUCAAUCAAAUUAGCACCGAUUAUCAAAAACUACCAAUCAACUGCCGAUGUUUUCAGCUCAAAAAAUCUAGAACAGUUUUCCAAAUCAAAUUUAAUUUCACGUGAGCCCGAUAAAUUUCAACCAAUUGCGGACAAUGGAAAAUUCUCGAAUGUUCCGGAAAAUUCCUUGAUGAUUCAGAAAUCGGCGCCUUGUCCAAAUGCUCAGUCUAUCAUAUCGAUUAACGAUUACGAUGAAAUUUAUUACGAGGAAAACGGUUGCUACGACGACGAGGAAUUACAGGAGAUUUUAACAAAAGGAAUCGAGCGAUCGACAACAUACCCGACAACCAUCAAUGAAUUAAUCGACGCUGAAACUAGAAUUACAGAUAGUUAAUAAACUGAACCAAAUUGACAUCAACCGCCAUUUUUUUGUUUUAUAAAAAAACUUUUCAAUAUCAUUGCAAU